GUGGUACUUCAGGCUGCGGGACAGCGCGGCAGUAGCUCUUCAAAGCGGCGCCGGGAGUUUUCGCCACCGCUGCCGCCGCCAUGAGUCGCAGCUAUAAUGAUGAGCUGCAGUUCUUGGAAAAGAUCAAUAAAAACUGCUGGAGAAUCAAGAAGGGCUUCGUGCCCAACAUGCAGGUUGAAGGAGUUUUCUAUGUGAAUGAUGCUCUGGAAAAAUUAAUGUUUGAGGAAUUAAGAAAUGCCUGUCGAGGUGGUGGUGUUGGUGGCUUCCUGCCAGCCAUGAAACAAAUUGGCAAUGUGGCAGCCCUGCCUGGGAUUGUUCAUCGAUCUAUCGGGCUUCCUGAUGUCCACUCAGGUUAUGGGUUUGCUAUUGGGAACAUGGCAGCCUUCGAUAUGAAUGACCCCGAAGCAGUGGUAUCCCCAGGUGGUGUCGGAUUUGACAUCAACUGCGGUGUCCGCUUGCUUAGAACCAAUUUAGAUGAAAGCGAUGUCCAGCCAGUGAAGGAGCAGCUUGCCCAGGCUAUGUUUGACCACAUUCCUGUUGGGGUGGGAUCAAAAGGUGUCAUCCCCAUGAAUGCCAAAGACUUGGAGGAGGCCUUGGAGAUGGGUGUGGACUGGUCCCUGAGGGAAGGCUACGCCUGGGCUGAAGACAAGGAGCACUGUGAGGAGUACGGAAGGAUGUUGCAGGCCGAUCCCAAUAAGGUCUCCGCAAGGGCUAAGAAAAGAGGCCUUCCUCAGUUGGGGACCCUGGGAGCAGGAAACCACUAUGCAGAAAUCCAGGUUGUGGAUGAGAUUUUCAAUGAGUACGCUGCUAAGAAAAUGGGCAUUGACCAUAAGGGACAGGUGUGUGUGAUGAUCCACAGCGGAAGCAGAGGCUUGGGCCACCAAGUAGCCACAGAUGCACUGGUUGCUAUGGAAAAAGCCAUGAAGAGAGACAAGAUCAUAGUCAACGACCGGCAAUUGGCUUGUGCUCGGAUCGCUUCCCCAGAGGGUCAGGACUACCUGAAGGGAAUGGCAGCUGCUGGGAACUAUGCCUGGGUCAACCGCUCUUCCAUGACCUUCUUAACCCGUCAGGCUUUUGCCAAGGUCUUCAACACAACUCCUGAUGACUUGGACCUACACGUGAUCUAUGAUGUUUCUCACAAUAUUGCCAAAGUCGAACAGCACGUGGUGGAUGGAAAGGAACGGACACUGUUGGUGCACAGGAAGGGAUCCACCCGAGCUUUUCCUCCUCACCAUCCCCUUAUUGCUGUUGAUUACCAACUCACUGGACAACCAGUGCUCAUUGGUGGCACCAUGGGCACCUGUAGUUACGUUCUUACUGGCACUGAACAGGGCAUGACUGAGACCUUCGGAACAACUUGUCACGGAGCGGGCCGUGCGUUAUCCCGAGCAAAAUCUCGACGUAAUUUAGAUUUCCAGGAUGUCUUGGACAAACUGGCAGAUAUGGGAAUUGCAAUCCGCGUUGCCUCGCCCAAACUGGUUAUGGAAGAGGCUCCUGAGUCCUACAAGAAUGUGACCGACGUGGUGAACACCUGCCAUGAUGCUGGGAUCAGCAAGAAGGCCAUUAAACUGAGACCAAUUGCUGUGAUCAAAGGAUAGAGCACUGACCGAAGCUGCCGAACGCCACUGCCUCUCACGGAAUGGAGGUGGACUGAAAUGCUCCUCAGACGCCAAACUCGAGACCUGACGGGUUCCAAAUUGUGCAGCUAUAACUACCUGUUGCUAAGUAGCUGGCGGGUGGCUGCUGCUUUCAGGAGCCAGUGUUGUAACAUUACCUUCUGGGAGGAGUCCCACUGCCCUCCUUUGGAAAGGGUGGAUAUACUUCCUCCCUGAUUGUCCCCAGGUUUUAGGAAAAUCUGUUGAGGGGUGCAGAUAGGCCAAGAUACUGUCUGACUCAGUCCUAUAAGUCUUUAUUCAUCAGAAUGAACCUGUUUACACCAACUUCUGUUUACAUUCUGAGAGGUGUUGUGAAGAGCAUCCUAUUAACUAAGAGUUUUGAAAUGUUUUCCUUGCCCUCCUCCUGUUGUCAGUUUGUCCAUUUAUCCACACAUCUGCCCCCUUCCCCUGAACCCAGCAAAACCCUGAACACCGCUCUCACUUGGAAAGUACCCAUGGAGUCCUAUCUGGAUAUUAGAUGAAUGGAUAAUGGGACACAUUGAGCAGGGAGUGUGUAUGGAGGUGUAGGAAUAGGAGCCCAAAAGAGGACAUAGUUUUUCAUAGACUUGCGACUUCUCUCAUUCUAAAUAUGAGGCAGAGUUUUGACUUCCCUGCACAGUGGCACCUGCUGGUAUCUGUCAUUAAUUAGGCCUGGUCUAGUAAACUGUUGUUGGGUGAUGCCUUGCACAGCAGCAGCAGAGAACCCUCACAUAAUACCGAAUGUCUUAUGUUUGUGAUUGAAUUAUUAUAAAAACAUGACAUGACCACAGCUGCGAUGUCAGUGGGUGCCUUGUGACAGGUUGACUGGUCUUGUGCCACCCAAUCAGGUUUUGUGUUCUGUACUGUGACACCUGAGGUGUUAAAGUUACAGGUUACUAAGGCCUUUCUUUGUUGAGUCCAAACAGCCAGUAAAAUAGAAAAAUCUAAUAAAGUUACAAUAUGUUGUUUA